AAAAAGGAAAACCAACUAAGAAAAGAGUUGCUUAAGACGAGAGGAAAGAGGGCAGUUGGAUUCAUGGGACUCCAUUUUUUUUUCUCUCUCUCAUAAUCCUUUCUCUUCUUCUUCCUCUAAUUCUCACUUCAAGAAGGUAAAAAAAUAUUAUUAAAAAUGGUAAAAUAGGAAGGAAAAGUAAAAGAAUUUUGAGGAGAAGAGAACAAGGGAGAGCUUCUUUUUCUUUUUCUUUUUUAUAUAAAGUUUUGGGGUGGGGCUUUAUAUUGUAAAUUUUCUUUGAAUUUUUGUAUCUGUUUCAAACAAAUAAUUAGAAUCUGAGAUUGCGAAGGUGGUGUCUGUCUCUGUGUAUGAAUGGAGUACGAUAAUAUAGAAUGUGUGUCAUCCAUAGAUGGAUUGAAUGAGGAUGAGAUCCAUCACCAUAAUCUGCAUCAUCCGAGUCCUCAUCAUGGUCACCAUCCAUUCUCAUCUUCAAAGCCUCACAAUGCCACCAACAACGCCAACAAUAGUAAUAUGGUCAACAAUAUUGUGGGUGCUACCGGGAUCACUCCCGCUACCAGCGUUCAUGAAUUGUUAGAAUGCCCUGUUUGUACCAAUUCUAUGUACCCACCAAUCCAUCAGUGCCAAAAUGGACAUACACUUUGUUCUACCUGUAAAGCAAGAGUACACAACCAGUGCCCCACAUGUAGAUCAGAACUGGGUGAUAUUAGAUGUUUAGCGUUGGAGAAGGUGGCUGAGUCCCUUGAAUUGCCAUGCAAAUACUACAAUUUGGGAUGCCCUGAAAUCUUUCCCUAUUACAGUAAACUCAAACAUGAGGCAGCUUGCAAUUUUAGACCAUACAAUUGCCCGUAUGCCGGAUCAGAGUGUUCAGUUGUUGGGGAUAUUCCCUUCCUGGUUGCCCAUCUGAGAGAUGAUCACAAAGUGGACAUGCACACUGGAUGCACAUUUAACCAUCGUUAUGUGAAGUCCAACCCCCGAGAAGUCGAAAAUGCUACUUGGAUGCUAACAGUCUUCCAUUCUUUUGGUCAGUAUUUCUGCCUUCACUUUGAAGCAUUCCAGCUUGGCAUGGCCCCAGUCUACAUGGCAUUUCUUCGUUUCAUGGGCGAUGAGGCCGAGGCUAGGAACUAUAGCUACAGCCUUGAGGUUGGAGCAAAUGGCCGAAAACUUACAUGGGAAGGUACCCCACGUAGCAUCCGUGAUAGUCACCGGAAAGUCAGGGACAGCCAUGAUGGUCUGAUUAUCCAGCGAAACAUGGCACUUUUCUUCUCUGGCGGGGACCGGAAGGAGCUAAAGCUGAGGGUCACCGGAAGGGUAUGGAAGGAACAACAAAAUCCCGACGCUGGACCGUGCAUUCAAAAUUUGUGUAGUUGAAAGAAUUGAUUCUUGAUAACUUAUUCUUGAUUUGUUGGAACGCUUUGGGAUGUGUCGUAACGGAUGGGAAGUUUUUAGCGUUAUGAAAUGUGUAAUAAACAUGAUUUUCUUCCGUAACCCUUUGUUUGUGAUCAUUAACUGAUGUCUCGAAUACAUAUAGUCCAUUUAUGGCCAA